AAACAGGAAGCGGCCGUACUGUUCACCGUUCAGUCUCAGUCUGUUCUCAAUCUCUACGUUCUAGUACGCCACCGUGUUUCACUAGGUUAACGCUUUCUUCAUCGAGGGAGCCGGCUUUUUUUUUAACUUUCAGAAAUGAGCGGUCUCGGCUUUAUAAAGAACGCUUUAAAGCUCUCCGUUCUCAAAUCGGCCAACAACGCCAUCCGCCCCGGCAAACAAUGGACGAGGAACGCGUGGCGGUUUUCUCCGGCCGGCAACCGGCUUUUCAACAAUCCGGUCGGCCUGAAAAAUAGCGAUUGCACGUGCAUCGUGAGGAACGCGAGCACAAAAGGUAGUGGUUUCGUUCGGUCGAAAGCUACUGCUCCCAAAGUUUUGGAGUUAACACCAGGUGAAAAGGAAUUAGCAGAUUUCUUAAAUGAAGAAAUAUCUGCAGAGAAAAAACUACAAAAAGCUAAAUUACUUCCAUCAGAGUUCGAUGGGUUUAAAGUUAAAACUGAAGGUGCAGAAGUUACCCUAUACAAGGAAGUUGGAAAUGAAGUAAUUGAAGUUAAUUUCAAUGUAAACCACUCCGUCGACAUGGAUGUCGAGCCUGAUGUCGAUCCUUCAAUGGAUAAACCAGAAAUGGGCGAAAUGAAAUCCAGGCCGACUUUCGAAGUAGAACUUAAACGGGGAGGAAAGACACUUGGAUUUACUUGCUCUAUCGUCUCUCCGUCUGCAACAUCACAUCAACAACAAGAAACUGGUUAUAAUGAUUUAUUUUCAAUCGAUGAAGUAGUUAUGUAUGACGGUGAAUGGAAAGAAUCCAAUUAUGCAGUUUCUGGUGAAGUAAUCGAUGGAACUCUCUACGACCUUCUCAUGAAUAUGCUAGAAGACAAAGGAAUCAGCAAUGAGUUUGUCGAAAAACUAACAGAAUUCAGUACAGCUUACGAGCACAAGAGUUAUAUUAGUUUGUUAGAAAAUGUACAACAGUUUGUUUCAGAAAAGUAAAAGUCUCUGUAGUUGUCCUAUUCCAAUAAUGCAUUUCAUUUUUGAAGAAUAAGUUAGAUUUAAAAUAUAGACUGUUUUGUAAAUAAUUGUAAA